AUGAGCGACUUCAAAGCGUCACUACCGGCACCCAUGCCGGUAUCUGCCAGCAUGAUCAACGAGUGGUCAGAUCUGCUUCCCAGUCCGGAUCGUAGUGCAUUCGUCGCGGAAUGCACAGCAACAGAAGCAGACGAUAGGCGCCUCCAGGCCGUUCUGAGUCGCUCUUUCUCGACUUGGAGAACGAACCUCAUGGCCGACGAUCUAAGCAGGCUCCAAAUGCUCGCUACACAUGCUCAGAUACGAGACUAUGUUAAAGUCAUCUGUCUCGAGGAUGAUUCUAUUAAAGUCAAGGAGGGGUCACCUUUGGAAUCCCCCGCUAUCUGGCCACGGCAUGAAGACGGACAGGUUGUGGCUGAAUCGAUCGGGGUAGAGCUCCUCAAGUCUAUGCUUGCGGCUAAGCAGCUUCGUCCUGUUAGGCUGGAGAUCAGGGAUACCCCCCUAGACGAGUCAGAUUCAAACACGUUUUCAAAUCCAGAAACGGCGGCAGUCCUCGCGCGUAACAUCCUGAUUGGUGCUGAUCUGGCUGUUACCGAUUUCGUUUUGAAAAAGGGUUCAGCGAUGACAACGAUCAUCACCGCUGAGCUUUCAACUGAAAAUCAGGGCCAGGGCAUAGGUUUCUCGAUCCUGCGUAAAGCGCAGUUAUGCCUUAGUCACAACCUAAACUCAAGCUCGUACUGGGCCGAUCAAAUCUUUCUCCAUGCACCAGUGCUUAAAGAGCUUUCACUCUCUUUUUCGCAACCUCAUCAUAUGCUGCAUACUCCUUCCUUCUUCCUUAACAACAAGACCUUCCCAUCACUGGAGAAGUUGGAGCUCUCCAUGGCCAGGCUUUCUAUUCUUAGUAUUAUGGCCAUACUGAGCAAUUCGAAACAGAGCUUGACCGGUAUCUCUUUUCACCUAGUCACGCUUGGCAAUGAUUCAACGUGGGCGGAGCUGCUAAGCAGAAUUUGCAAUGAUUUCGCCCAUUUAACUUGGUUUAAGCUUACUAAUCUAUCAGAAGGCCCCAUGGGAGAGUUACGGAUUACCUUCCCUGAUCUUGACAGGGAUUCGGUGGUCGGAGAGCCUUACAAGAAAGGGCUGAAGCUGGUACAAAGAUGUCCUGUGGGUGCUCCUAAGCGCAUCCCUGGGGUUGAGUAUGUGGGACCUGAUGCGAAUCAUGUUCUUAAUAUUGUUGCAGAGCACACCGUGGCGGCACCAGUCCCCUAG